AGAAAAUAAGCAAGACUGCACUUGUGUGUGCGUUAACCGAGCUUGUUGCUGCUAAGAGGCAACUGACAAGGCAGAGCCGCCGCUGCCACUUCACCUUCAAGGGUUUGAAGCCUGGCCACAACCGCUGCCCGUCUAUCUCCUCCAUAGCCCGACAAGCCUGCGAGCUGAGGGCGAACUUGAUAUAAGCGACGCCUUUAGACUGCUUGGUGCGCUUGUCUCGCGCUACUCAGACAUCCUGGACCUCGCCGAACCAGGCGAAGCAGUCCCGGAGCCCGUCCUACAGCACACUCCUGCCCAUCACCAGGAACAAACAACUGUUAGAGGGGCGAUUGUUCCGCUGGAAGGAGAAACGGCUACCCCUGCUUCCAAACUCGGGUCUGGGAGACGGCGACGUCUUUUUUGAAAGAAACCGGAAGCUCGGCCUCAAGCGGUCCGGCCCAUAGAAGCUGAAACAAAAAAGAAGUUAUUGCAGCGCCCGUUUUCGUGUGAAGGCUGCCGCUCUGUUUUCCCAACGUUCUCAUCUCCGUAGUAGCACUCAUCUCGAAAGGAUAACAGGACCAUAGCGCCCCCUUGUGAUGAGGCGGACUUGAGGCACAACAUUUUCCCGUCACACCCCGUCGCGAGUGUAAACUUACAGAAAAAGAUUCUCCCUACUUAAACCCCACUCUGUGAAGUGAGAUACUGUACGAAAAAAGGGGGGCGGGAGGACAACAAAGGUCGGACCUGGUAUUGGUUAAGGCGCGAAUCAAUAAAUAAACUUUGUUUCCCACUAGCUGUUAAACGUGAGGGGACUUAUUUUUAGAGGUAUUCGCAGGCGCCAGGGUGGCUUCCCUUGAAAGUGUUUCAAGCGGAACGAAGCAGAACAUUCGCGCAUACACACCGGUGGACCGCUCUCUUGGCUAGAGUGCGCCAGUCACUGCUCAGAGCAUUUCAGACGUUGGUCUGUAAUUGGGUGACUCUAUUGUGACAUAAAACCUUUGUCUGCCUUGGCGGCCCUUGUCUCUAAAUACGUCAUCAAGAUGUGAUACCAGCACAUCCAGGUGGAACUGGCUAGUUAGCGAGAGUGUUCGAGGCUGGGCUUUGAAAGGAGGCCCAGCCGGUGUAGAAGGGCCCUAUUUUAGCCUGGAUUUAAGAUACUACAAACAUGCAUUUGGAAACAGAUGUGCUGAAAGGAGAGAAUCAUUUCAAACAUAUCAUAGUUUUAUUUUUGUGCAUUUCUUUUUCAUAGAUUGCCAUGGGUGAUUUUGAAAUGGGUAAAAAGAUCUUUGUUCAAAAAUGUUCACAGUGUCAUACAGUUGAAAAAGGUGGAAAGCACAAGGUUGGCCCAAAUCUUUCGGGUCUCUUUGGCAGAAAAACUGGACAAUCUGCUGGCUUUUCUUAUUCGGAUGCAAACAAGAAUAAAGGUAUUGUCUGGGGUGAAAAUACACUGAUGGAAUAUUUGGAGGACCCUAAGAAAUACAUUCCUGGAACGAAAAUGAUUUUUGCUGGCAUUAAAAAGAAGAACGAAAGAGCAGAUCUAAUUGCGUACUUGAAAAAAGCAACCUCAUCAUGAAACAUUGCAACCUGUGUGAUAUCAAAAUAAUUUCCAGUUUGUACCACUCUUAAGCCACAUUACAUGUUUAUUGUCCUAGCAUUUGCUCUUUAAGAUAACUACCUUUAAAAAGUCAAAUAAAAUUUAGUCUUUUCAAAUGCUCUGUGU